CUCUCCCCCGCGGUUAUGCUUUUCAGCUGGGUCUCCGACCCUCCUCCGGGGAGGCGGGCCGUCUGUUUGCGGAGUCCCGGGCCUUCCCGCAGCGCGCCUGGAGAGGGGGUUUCCGGGAAAUGCACUGCGUCGGGGCUGCUCCCGGGGUUUUCCUGUGACACGGGCGGGGGCCAAUCCCCCGCUGGUCUUUCCCCUGCGGAACCUCGCGGCGACCCGGCCAGGAGGGCGUGGGGGAAACUCCAGAAGGCACAGGGCGCGCGGGUGCGACCCAAACCCUUCGAGGUUUUUGACUCCAGUGAAGAAUCUGGGCAUCUUGUUCUCACCAUAGUUAUAUCGGGGCAUUUCUUCAUUUCCCAAGGACAGACACUGUUGGAGGGGUUUUCACUCAUUGGUAGCAAGAACUGGUUGAAGAUUGUAAGACGCAUGGAUUGUCUGUUGUUUGGAACAACCAUAAAGAACAAGAGUCGUAUGUUCCGGGUACAGUUUAGUGGAGGCUCCCGAGAGCAGGCACUGGAACACUGCUACAGCUGCGUGCAGAACCUAGCCCAGUACAUCACCGUCCAGGUGCCCGACGGAAUCAGCCAGGAGUUCAGGCCAAGUCCUGGCCAAGGGAAGGGCUGUGUGCAGAGCAUCCCACCACAGCAUGGCAACUCAGAGCAGCAGCAGUGGGUACCGGCUGGCACAAGCAGUCCAGGAGGAAGGACCUCAGUGGCCUGGUUAGCUCAGUCUCUCAUGGCAUCAGAGGAGCUGCCACUUGUUUAUGAACAAUCUGCAUGGAAUGCGGAAGGGUUAGGCCCCUUUCUACGCCUGUGCCUCAUGGAUCAGAACUUCCCGGCAUUUGUGGAAGAAGUGGAAAAGGAACUAAAAAAGCUGACAGGGCUGAGUGGUUAACAGUCUGUGUAUCUACAGAAAUUGGGAGUAAUGGGAAAAAAUGCUUCCUCCUAAGAUUAUAGAGAAUAAAGAGUAUUAUUCCAACA